ACAGUCCCCGAGACACGGCGUGGACAGGUUUUGCAACUUGUUUGGUUUUUAAAGAUCAAUGUUGUUUAAAAAUUAAUUGAAAACAUUGAUUAUUAAUUCAUCACUCUAUUUAAGUAAUUUAUUGUAUCUUUGACUUUGUGAUUUAUCAAUUAUGGAUUCUGGUCGACGAGAUGUACCGAUUCCACCACAUCGGAUAACCCCUCUUAAAGAGAACUGGAUUAAAAUUUACAAGCCUUUGGUUGAAACACUUCUAGUUCAAGUUAGAUUUAAUAUGAAAUCUAGAUUAGUGCAAAUACGGACGUGUCCAGAGACUAAAGAUAAAGAUGCUAUCCAAAAGGCUGCUGAUUUUGUCCAAGCCUUUGCCCUUGGGUUCGAUGUGGAAGACGCAAUUGCCUUGCUACGAUUGGACCAACUAUUUUUAGAUUCAUUUCAAAUUGAAGAUGUCAAAAAUUUGAAAGGUGACCACUUGUCUAGAGCUAUUGGGCGAAUCGCUGGUAAAAAUGGUCGAACCAAAUUUACCAUUGAAAAUGUGACUAAGACUCGGAUUGUUAUUGCUGACCAUAAAAUACACAUUUUAGGAUCUUACCAAAACAUUCGGACAGCAAGGACAGCUAUAAGUAAUUUAAUUCUUGGUCGUGCACCAGCUCGUGUUUAUCGUAAUUUAAGAUCAAUGAGUGCUAGAGCUACAUUUUAGUUCAUUGUAUUUAUAAACUUAAUUAAAUCGCCUUCCAUUUUCUAAAAA